AAGAAAGCUUAAAAAGUUAUUAAAAAGCUAUUAAAAACAUCUUAAGAUGAAUCAUGAUUUUGAUGAAACUUUUGGUGAAUCUUUAGAAAAUUCGUUCAAUUGGUUUAAUCAUUCAAUGACAUUAACAAGAUUAACACCUUUUUUUCAAUUUUCAGAGGACUCUUUAAUAAUCUAUUCAAGAGAUUUAUUAGAUAUUAUUCGUAGAACAAGAUUACCGGGUUUUACGGUUAUUGAGAAGUGUUUAUGGAAAUUAGUAGCGCCUUAUGAAGGCCUUGGAUCAUGUAUUUGGAUGCAUUUUUUAUUUGCAGGAGAUCAGACGCCAGAAAAGUCUAUAAUAUAUACAUGUUUAUUGGUAUCAUUAGGAGAGAAAAAAGAAGGAUGGAGGGAAUACCCAUUGCUUAUAUCACGUAUUCCCGGAGAAUUGUUACAAAUAGUAUUAAAUUACUUAACAAGUCGAUUUGAUUCAUGGGGAAUGCCAUUUCAAUUAAAAUCGAUGACAUUAAUUGAUUUAUUAGAAAUGUAUGUUAAAUCAGUUGAACCGGGUACAGAAGAUGCAUAUCAAUCAAUGGAAUUGAUGUUUUUGACCAAAUCAAUUAAAGGGCUACGUCGAAUCAUAGUGGGAGUUAAAGGGCAAGAUAUGUUAAUAUGGAGAGAAAGAGAACUUGGAUUUUUUGAAGGGUUAAAGAAAUAUUUAUUUGAACAAACAACGAUUGAUUUUAAUCAACUUGAACUAUGUCGAAUUGGAUGUGCAGGAUUUAUUAUUUCGUCAGAAGGGAAACUUAAAAUGUUAAAGCCGAUACAAUUACAAAUUAUUAGAGCUAUUUUAAGAAUGGAAACUAAGAAAAACAUGGAAAUAACUAGUUAAUGUAUUUAUCUAAUUAAAUCUAUUAAAGGCAUUUUUAUAGUUU